AUGCCACGAUCCAUUAUUCUGAGAUCGCUUGCGAGACGGGGAGUGGCACCAGUCAAGGACGUACCGAGCUGGGUGCAUUGCAGACGGUCUUCCCAACUGGGACACCCAGACUGCAUUCUGGCAGCUUCUAGACAACAGAACGACGAAGAGGUUAUCUUCCAAUACGAUGCUUGGAGACAAGGAAGCGCAGGGAACACAUCGAUUCAGGCUGAUCGGCCUGUUGUAGGAAAGCUGCUGCACAAUGCAGCUCUCUCUGCCUGUGAACGUCUCAGCCUGUGGUCAAAAGCUGCGGCGAUUCUGCAAGAUGCGGCUUUGCGUGGAGCGCUACAGUCAGAUAGCCGCCCGCUGCUGGACUUGGUCUCCUUCAACUUGGUUUUGGGGGCCUACGCUGCGGCUCAUCAGUGGGAGGCAGCCCUGGAUCUGUUUAUUGAUAUGCAACGUACGGUGACGCCUGAUGCUUCGUCUUAUGCCGCGCUAAUUGAGGGCUGCAGAAGUGCUCGCAAACAGCACAUCGUAAGAAUCGCGUCCAAAUGGUCCAAGCAAUGCUUCGAAGAGACGCUGUCGAAGAUCAAUGACAAGAGAACUUCUCCUCGCUACUACUAUUUGUCCCUCAGAACUUUAGUCAAACGGCAGCUUUGGUCAGAAGCUACAGAUUUGCUUUGGCAACUUGCACAUGCUGGACGAGCUCUCGACACGGAGCUUCUAAACAUAGCUAUAUCUGCGUAUGGGCAUGGUCAGCAAGCCAGGAGUGCAUUGAAGCUUCUCGACAAGGCCGGGGCUCGGCUGGGGACGCUGCAGCUGCCACCCGCCAACUUGGAGAGCUUUAAACUGGCAGCUCUGUCUGUGCCUGUGCCAUCUGUGUUCAGCACGAGCUCGAGCUUGCCUGGAUGGCCGGAAGCCUUGAGCCUCCUGGAAGAAGCCAGUCGCUCACGGUUGCAGCCGGACAUGCAGAUCUUUACAAUCGCUGCAGGUGUGUGCUCAAGGGCUCACUCAUGGGGCGCAGCUCUGAAGGUGCUGGAGGCAGCUAGACAUCGGUGUCUGGAGUGGGAUAUCUUUGCAUACAAUGCGGUUCUCCAGGCAUCAGCGCGCUAUUCAGUUGAAUCCGACAUGAACUUCAAGACGGUCUGGCGGCAACUCCAUCACCAGCAGCUGAGUCCUGACGGUAUCACAUAUGGCGCAGCUAUCGCACUUUGUGAUCGCUCCCACAAGUGGGCCGAUGCCCUGCACUUGCUAAGCGAGAUGCAGCGCCCAACAGCAGUCUGCUUAACCUCAAUUUUAUCAGCUUGUGCUAGAGGCUCUGCAUGGGAAUUGGCAGUGCAUCUGUUUUGGACGAUGCCCGGGCAAUGGGGAUUCCGCCCGCACGCGGCAAACAUGGUCAAUGCCCUUCAUGCUCUGGGCAAGGCCCUUCGCUGGCAACAGGCUUGUGCCUUGCUUUCUGAGUUGGAGUGGGCUAAUGAGCACAUCUCCUGGCAGCAUUACUUCGCGGCAGCUGACGGUUGUGGUGAAGCCGGUGAAUGGCAAAGGGCUUUGCAACUCGUCUUGGAGAAGCUGCCGGGCAAGUUUGAGUUUCCUCCAAGCUACCGCUUCAGUGCAGCAAUCGGUGCAUGCAAAAGUGGCUUGGUUUUCUUGGAGGCGAGUGGCAAGAGUGUGGCCGAACUUCGCUCCUCGUCGAUCUGGGAGACCGCUCUGGCACUGUUCUGGUCAGGCUUAGAGGAGACUCUGCUGGCAGAAGAAUCCGAGGUCGCAGUUGGUAACGAAGCCACGGUCUUGAGUGCUACCAUCUCCACACUUGGCCAAGUAGCAUUGUGGGAGAUGGCUCUCAGCAUUUUUCACCAGAUUCCAACCAGCAAGAUCAAUGAGGUAGACCACAUGACGAUCAUGGUUGCCCUUUGCAGUGGAGGUCAACGUGCCCUUGCUCACCAGAUGUUCAAGGAUAAAGCAGAGAGAAACUUAACGACUUUGGACUUGCACAACCUGCCGGUGGUGGUUGCAGAGCUGGCAGUGGAGACUGCGCUGGACGAUUUGAAAGGCAUGCCGGACCCGGAAGUCCAAAGUCUCAAGAUCAUCACAGGGCGCGGGGCUCGCAGCGCAGGCGAAGCCUUGGUCCGCCAAGCUGUCUUGAGGAUGCUCGAGGCGAGGCUGUCUAAUCCGCACUGGGAAUUGAUCCGUCCGGAGGAUGCCUGCUUCCUGGCAUUCAACGGUGUGCUCAGCGAGCUCGGGGCCGUGGAGGCAUCGAUAGCCUUGCUGACCUCUUGCAGCAUUUGGGACCAUCCGUUCGCUGGGAGGACCGAGCCUGAUGGAGGGAGGGAGAUAGCUGGUUCAGCCCGAGAGGAGCUUCUGAAUCUGGAUCCGGCCGUCCAACUCUUGGGCUCCACAGCUCAGGUCCAGGCCAGGACGACCAGAGCCCGCUUCGGAGCCAUCAAGGCUGGUGGCGAGCUCUUCUUGCGAGGCAUGGCCUUUAUGGCGAUGGGUGUUCCAGAGCUGACAGAGCUGGUGACAGACGCUUUGCGUUUUCUGCGGGAUCGACAUGCACCGGAGGCAUUCUUGCGAAAUCUUCGCACGGUACAUUCUGGAUCGAAGCGUCUGAAGGAGCUCUACGGUAGUUUCGAAUUUCAUGCCCGCGGAAUGAUGGGCAAAAGCUACAGGUGUCGAAGCAGACUCACGCGCGAGGAGCACAUCUGCCGACAGGUGUGCAAAGACAAAGUUGCAGCUCCGUCCGAUCUGGUUCGGGCCGAGGUUGAGAUGCUGAGAAGCCUCGAGCAUCCGAGUGUACCCCAGGUGAUCGCUAGCUUUGAAGAUUUCAACAACAUCUACAUCGUGCUCGAGCCAGUGGAGAGCAUCGAGUUAGUCAACAUUCUGCAGCAAUGGCAUCAGAAUGGUCAAGGAUUGAGUGUUGGUUGGCUGGCCGAGAUCGCCCGGCAGUUGUUGGAAGCAUUCAGGCACUGCCAUGAAAUGCGGCCACGCAGUGUGGUUCACGGAGAUCUUCGCCUCACCAGCCUCUUGCUCUCUGCUGUAACGGAUGCUCGGACGGCCCCACAGCUGGUCUUAGCAGACCUUGGCCUUGCCGGCUUGCCGCUCCCGCCGCCGCCCCUGGAGAGGUUCCCGGCGACUCCUUCAGCACAGCAAGCCGCGGCGCCGUCUUCCGGAUCGGAGGAAUGGAUGCAAAGCCCGAGCACGCUCCUGGACGUAUGGUCGUGUGGGUGCCUGCUGUUCAUUCUUCUCUCCGGUCGCCAUCCUUUCAACUGUGAUCUUGGUGGGCGACUGGUGCCAAGUGCUGUUCUGGGAAUCUGGGGCUCUGUUCCCCCCGAACCUGAUUGGCGACUGCUACCUUCUGCCUCCUCCACGUCUCUCUGCGCGCAAAUGCUGUCGUGGGACGUGAAGGCGCGCCCCUCGGCAGCCGAGUGCCUGCGGCACUCCUGGCUCUCAGCGGAGGAUUCCGACAGUAUGGCCCUGCCCAUGGAGGCCCUCGGCAACCUCUUGAAAGCUCAUCACAAGUCCAAGUUGCAAGAGAUCACCGCGGGACUUGCGAUAUCAGAGCAGAUCGCCAGCCCCUUCUCCGCCGUUGGCGCAUCCUUGGCUGUCAAGCACGCUUUUGCUGAUUUGGCAGGUGAUGCGGCCGCUGGUGCAAAGGAACCAGUAAUGGCCACUGUUGCAGCAUCAGAAGCGAGCAAUGCUUUGGAGAAGUUGGGAAUGUCUGACAAAGGUAUCGAGAAGGUCAUCAAGGCAUUUGCUGAUGAUGCAGGCUGUGUCGACUACCAACGCCUCAUCUCUCACUGCGCUGAGUUGGCGGAGGAUCUCCUUGAUCAUGCACUCUGGCGGGUCUUCACCGCAGCCGGCGAAGAUCACCGAGGAAUUUUAGGAGCUGCUGAGUUGGAGAAGGCUUUAGCAGAAAGCGCUGGCGAAGGUGGCGGAGCUGACAGGGCAGGUGGUGGUGAACCCGAUUCGCAAGGGCCCUUCGGCUUGGAAAUGAAAGCCAGUGACAUCGUGAGGCAAGUGGCGUGCGGCCGGCAGCAGGUGACCUUUGAAGAACUUCGAUCCGCGGUGAUACAACGCCAGUCGACGCAGGCAACGAGUGGGACAGAUUGA